GCGGAUACGUCGAAAGAGAGACACCACCGCCCCCUUUGCAGAGAGAGAAAAUAAAAACCAUCGAACAACCUCCGACGACGGAUCCAACCACCACCGUGUAGCCACCGAUUGGCGUUAAUAAAUCACAGAUGGAAGGUGUUGGAGCUCGACUUGGCCGUUCCUCAACUCGUUACGGACCAGCCACCGUGUUUACAGGUCCGGUGAGGAAGUGGAAGAAGAAGUGGAUCCACGUAACGCCUCCCAAUUCCGCCGCAGCAUCGUCGAAUGAUAAGCAGCAUCAUCAUCAUCAACAACAACAACACCAAUCUAACGGAAAUUCUUCUUCUUCUAAUGGUAACAAUGUUGAUGCCUCUCAUAUUUUGCUUUAUAAGUGGACGCCAAUUAGUCAAAGUCAUAACAGCUCCUCCGCCAACGACAAUAGCAAUGGUGACGCCAAGGAAGACACCGGUGCCGUCGAGGUGGACGAAGAGCCGCCUCGACGUAAGAUGAAGUAUAUUCCGGUAGCUGUACUGGAGGAACAAAAUAAUGAGGCAGCAGAGGCGCAGACCGAUGAACCUAAACCCACCGAAACCAACCCACAUACUGCAUCUGAGCCAUCUUUGAAGGAUGAAAAACCCGACAUUAAUGAUGUGCCAAUAGAAGAGAAUCAGGAGGUUAGUGAAAAUAUGGAAGUAGAAAGAGAAGAUGUUAAGAAAAGUAAUAGUUGUAGUAGUGGUGGUGUGGGUUUAAGUUUGAAUCUAAAUGCUUCUGAUGGUGAUCAAGAAUCUGAAGAAGCAAAAGACCAAAGGAAUGGUGAUGUGGAUAAAAGGAGUGAAUAGCAAAUCAUCAACUAUUUUAGAGUAAAAACCAUGUUUUCCGUCUCCGUGGUUUGUUGAAAAUUGCUAUUUUUCA